AAAGGGCGAGCCUUCGAAAAAUUACUCUAGCUUUAACACGGCACAACGACGUCGUUUAUUCCAAGAAUCGUCUAUCCGCGAAGCCCUGGUCUCAAUCGAUUGUAUUCUGAUUUCUGCUCUGUGAUUUUCGAAAUCGUCUGUCGAUACAUAACAAAUGAAGAGGGGACUGCUGUGGAACGAUGAAGAAGACGAUGAUACACCAUCUUCCGACGAUUCCUCGACCCUAGAUAAAGACCCGGAAGAUAAUAAAGCCUCCAAAUCUACUAAGGAGAAUUCAAUUCGAUCCUCCAAGAAGAAAACUUGUCAAGUUGACUCUGCAAAGAAAAAGAGCAAAGGUCUUGACUUUGAAGCUUUGAGUCAACAUGGAUAUAAAGGAGGACUAUCAGUCUUGAGCAUCCCACCACCAAAAGAGCCUGAUCAGGAACAGGACUGGUCUUGGUCAUCGGGAAAGGAAACUCGGACAAAGGAGGUAGAAGAAACUUAUGAAGAUCGACUGAGAACAAGAGAUGCAUUAGUUGAUGCAGAGCUUCUAAAAAACGUGCAAACACAGAAAGAUAAAAAGAAUCUUUCAUUUCAACAGAAGGAGAAGAGGAAGAGAGAUCUUGGUCAGGCUAGUCGGGGGAAGAACUAUGUGGAAGAAGAGAAGAGGUUGCUAAGAGAGAGUGGCGUUUACUCUGGGUUUGAUUCAUAAUAUGCCUUACCUGUUUUUAUUAGUUUCACUUAUCGUUUAUAGUGUAAUCUCGAAUCCCGUAUGACAUUUCUAGUACUAAAGUUCAAUACAUUUUGUAGUUUAUGUGUGCUUUGGGUGAAUCCACUUUGCAGUAUUGAUAGCUUGCGGUUUAUAUCAAUGUUUUAAGUGAAAACAAACGCUUUUUAUAAACCGAUGUGGCUAUACAUACUUUUUAACGAAGAAACUGUCCAGGACUAGUAAUUGAAGAUGUUUCUUUACAAUGA